UGUCUGGCUGCCACACUAUAUUAAUAGGUAUUUUCCUUGCACUUAUGUUUCAUUCGUUUACCUUUGACUCUCACGGUUAAGACGUGCGCAUUUAGUUAACGCUAAUAUGACAAAAUUAAUAACACUGGUGCGAGAAACGGACGGACUGUUAAGGUUUCGCUUAUUGGUAUAUUUAUUAGCAUUUGUGCAUUUAGUGAUAUUGUCUAUACGAUUAUUAGGCAAAGACUUUGAACAUUCUGAAGACGUGACGAUACAAUUGUAUGCAAAGUUUAAGUGGAAACUCAUUACAACUUGGUUUAGUUUGUUAACCUAUCCAUAUAUACCUAUUUGUUUAUAUUGUGACUGGCGAGAGUUGAAAGGAGAUGAGAUGAAACACGUGAAAAUUUUAAAGAAAAUCAGGGAUUUCACGUUUACCAAUCUCUUGUUGCCGACCACUGUUUUUGCCGACAUUCUAUUUUGGAGACUAUGGUAUCACGAUAAAGCGCUUGUCAUGCCGCCUCCUGUAGGGACUGUAAUACAUCUGUGGGAGCACCACAGCAUGCACACAGUUUCCCUGGGUUUCGUCAUCUUCGAUCUCAUAUUCGUAAAGCGAGAAAGACCCAAGAGUAUGGGACCGGGAAUCAUUGCAAUGCUCGGCUUUAUCAGUGUAUACGUAACUGUAUGUGUACACAGCAUUUUGAACGAAGAAUAUCUUUAUCCUGUCUUCAGAAAUUUUUCUCCUUACAAGUUACUAGUCCUUGCCGUUUACACCUAUAUAUCGUUCUUGUUCUAUCACACCGGCCAGUGGCUGGUCAUAGACUUAUUUCAUGGCCAAAAAAAAUUAUUUAAUAAAAAAAACUAGAGUAGGGUAGGUACUUACUUAUUUGAGUUACUGAAUUUUAUUUUAAUUUUACUAUCCUGAUAUCCGUUUAUAUUCCACCUUAAUAAAUAUUAUCUACUGUCUUACUAUCUGGACCUACCUAGCACGAGAAAGUUUUGGCUUGAUUGUACUUAAAAGGCGAAUUUCAUCUAAGGCAUACUUUUGCCUGCAAUAUGAAAAUGAAAUUCGCUAUUUCGAUAACCAAUUAAAAGUUUUUCGAAAUUCACCCACGGAUACAAACUUUGAACUCUAGUUACGCAGUUUUGGGUAUUUCAAACUGUAACAAAUUGGUUUAAAUAGUACCUACCUACCUAUACUAUUAGUUCAAUAAAGAAAAUUAGUGUUGUAAAAAUAAUAAAAAACACGAAUAGCUUAAUCAUGUUGUAAAAAUUAUAAAAAAA